CCCCCCCCCAAACCUCGUCCAACCAAGCCAAGCACCAAACAGCAAGAAGCCACCCGCCGAUCGCGCAGCCCAAAGAUGGGGAAAACUCUGGCUUUGCCCCGGAGAGCCCCCGGAUUGCCCCUCUUGACAGCGACGACGCUGGUGGCCGCCUCGGCGGCGCUGGGCUUUUGGGGGGCAGAAGCCAAGGUAUACUAUUCUUGCGGCGCACAAUUCAAAUCCAUGGAACGAGGUCUUAUUUUAUCACCUGGUUUCCCCAACAACUAUUCAUCAGGCAUCCAUUGCAUUUGGGAAUUCUUUAUCCCCGCUAGAACGUACUUAAUGUUGGAAAUCUUUGACUUUGAUGUGUUUGAAAGCAUGAGUGCGAAUCCUGAUGCCUGGGACGGGUUUCUUUCCCUUCCUGAAAAUAACAACAAAGAAUUUCUCCCCAGUGAGGAAAACAUUGACUUUCCUACCCUAUUUCCUACAGUCAGUUCUGCUCUCCAAGAGUCUAACUCAACUGGUUUUUAUAACCUUCACGAUGGACUUCCAGAGGCUGCUUCUCAAAAACUUGAAGCGAAACCAUUCCAGCAGAUAAAAGAAGCCAAAGAGUUGGGCAGCGCUAAACCAAGUAAAUUCUUGGCACCCACCAACGACACCCUACCGAGAGAAACAGGUGGCGGAGUGCAAGAGGAACACAAAAACCCAAAGGAUAAAACACUGUUUUCUCACCUCACCGAUAAAGGUGAGAGGGACAAUUCUGAGGGCUAUAAUCAACAUCCAGGAGAGGACGUGGCGAUUCCGACCACGGUGUCGCCAACGGACUCCUCUUCCACCUCAGGGCCCUCGGCUGAAAUUUGCCCUCACGACGUGUUGUACGUCUCGGACCUCUUUGCUUUUUCUUCCCGUUUCUGUGGGACGAAAUCGCCGCUGAACAAGAACAUGUCCUUCGGGUCUUCCCUCAAGAUGGUCGAGGUCAUUGUGGAGUUGAUCACAACCACGGACCGGGGGCGGGGCUUUGCGAUGCUUUUCGAGUACAAGAACGAUACCGAGCCGGUGGACGUGAGUGACUCAAAAGAGGGGAAAGAGAAUAUUAUGAUGCUGGUCAUCAUAACGGGAAUACUCUUCUUUGCUCUGGUCCUCUUGUCCUCACUCUGUAUAGCUUGCAGCUACGGGAAGAACGGGAUCCAGAAUGCGGCCGCUGAUCUCAACGAGCUCCAUGUGGUGAUCCCAAGUCAAGAGAACGAAAAUAACAACCACUCUGUUGGUGGAAAUGGAGCAGGAGAAGAGACAGCCUGUGUAGCCUUGGGCUACACCAACCCCCUCCAGGAAGGAGGGAAGGAUAAAAACCUAAGGAGAAGCAUCACAAAUCCUGGAUCCGUGUGCGAUUGGCUGGGAGCCGAUCAGGCAGAACCAGAUCUCAGCCCCACGGAGAGGGGGCUGGUGCCGACGGAAAGCUGUGGGGCAGCUCAGCGGACAUGGAGCGCGCACGCUUUCCACGACUUGCUGGCUCCGUUACCUCAGCUGCAAAAAAAAUGGUGCAGCUGGUCUACGAACAGUCCUUUCACCAAGCUGGUGAAUAACGGCGGUUUUUCUACAUCAGUAAGAAAUCAGUCAGCAAUUAACCGGAAAGUAACCUCAGCUGCAGAAAUAGAUGGCAUCUCCGAACAAACUUAUUCGGAUUCGUCGGGCAGCGCGGCCUCUUAUCCACUGACCCAUUCUGCUCAGAAAGAGCGCAAGCUGAGCAGCGGCUGCAACUUGAAGAAAUCCCGAUUCGGCAACCCUUACUUGGGCUUCUUGAUGAGUUCCCCGGACUGCCAUCGCCAAAGGCUACCUGCUCACCCAAGGCAGGCUGGCGGAAGAUCGCCACUCAAGAGCCCAAGCCAGAGAAUAAAAAACAUACCCGAAGGGCCUUUCCCGUUCAAAAGCAAUGCCGUCAACGGCUCCACUUCCAAGGAGCUUGCACUGGAAAUGGACCACCCAAAACCUGCUUUUGUUAUUUCCGAAGAAGGGGACGACCAGCAGCCUUUGGUUUUAUCCGAGCACAUGAACCAAUGUACGGAUGCUUUAUCCGAGCCGGAGGGUGUUAUCCAUAACCUAGGGAUGACUGUAGCAGAUGAGCAGCCAGUGGCCAUCCCUCUUCACGAAGGAGGCUUGUUUGACUCUAGUGGCAUCAGGACAGACCUUGAUCUGUGGAGGGAGUGCCCCAGUUCGUACAAAGAUGCCUUGAAAAGUUCAAGCACCAGUGAGGAUCAAAGUUACGUGCCUGUUCCAGACGCUGGCGGCGUUACUGCCCACGGGCAUCAGAAUUUCGAUUCCUUAGCUACGCACAGGUUGUGUCCAACCUCAGUCCAGUAAUUCUUCCAAAUAUAGUCGUCCAACUGACGUGAAACUUUCAGGUUUGCUGUGUCGGAAGCAAUAAAGACGAACGCCCCUGUGAUAAGGGGUUGAAGCUGUCCAGCACAGACAAGAAGAGAGGGUGUCAUCCUGCGUGAAGCUGUGCCCUGUUGCACUGAUGCCAUUCUUCCUAAGUUGCAUCUCAUGACUGCGGCAACAGCCGUUGUACCCAGAGAUUUGCGUUGGCUGCUUUACAGAUGCUGCCCGACCAAAUCCUCUGAAAAAAGAAGUGGGGCUUUCUUAAUAUGUGUGUGUCUGUGUGAUUUUUUUUUUGUUCGUUUGUUUUUAAUAGGGUGGUACUGUUCAGUUCCAAAACCCUACUAGGAAGCCAAUAGUCACAUUUCCAGUAAAAAGGAGAUUAUAUCCAUUUUGGGUAUAAAUAUCUUGGGCGGGAGGAUCGACCAAAUUCUAGCUAGAGUUGGGGACCAUCGCACAAUUCCUUACCGAAGUUUGAUCAUGGCUAGGGGAGGAAGGGGCAAUGGCCAGAAUAGACAAGCAAUGGGAUCAACAGGAAGAAAUACAGAGAGGUCAACAAUAAACUACCGAAGCACAAAAGGAUCGUUGCUUUUAGAUGGGAGCAAUGAAAUACUUCACAAGGGGGAUAUACAGUUUCGUGUCAUCUGCAGAGAUCUAUUUUCUUUACAUGUUCUUUGCUAUUUUCUUUGCCACUGGAUGUCGAAUGGAUCUCCUCGACACACAACAGCACUGAACGAUAACAGUACUGCAGAGUUCUUGCAACACCAACAGCCACGAUUCGUUGGGAAAUACGAAUACUGUAGUUGCUUUAGGGAGGCACACACAAGAGUCACAUAGAUUAUAAGAAAACAGAACUUACCCACCUGAAUGGCUGUUAAAAAGUCCAGAUUCAUAGUGGAGCCAGCCAAUGUUUGCCCAACCUGUGUCUCUUUUUGCUACAGCAAUAAAAAGUUGCAAAGGGUCUCUCCUAUCUUCUGUGACACAGCCACAUACCUGGCUGAUUAAUAGAGAGAUGGUUUGGCAGUUUGUGCUGGUUCGUCUAUCCAGCCACAUAUGUGUUCAGCGCUUCAAACCCGUCCCUCCUCCAGCAGCUACCCAGAGACAGGACCUGGAGGAGGUGGGGCAGGGAAACCAGGCCUCUACCUCUGAGUGGGCGCCCAACAGGGGAGGCAGGGCUUUCAAGCACCAAAUACCCGUUUGAUCGAACUGCUGAGCCGGUGGUUCAUGCCCAUCUCUAUUAGUUAACUAUUACCAUUGUCAUGAAGCAUGGAAACACACAACAUAAGAAUCGGGUCCUGUGGGAAAUUCUUGUUGGCACAUAUUCACACACUUUUGCUGUUACUUUUAUCUUGCAAAAAACAAAACAAAACACAGCAUCUACCUGGAAAAUGUGAUCUGUAGGUAAAUCAAGAACAAAUCCUUAGAGCUGAGUUGACUUAGGUCUAAGUUUGGUACCGCUUCUGUCAAAAAAUGCAUAUAUGCGCACAUAUUCUUGCAUCCGGAAAAAUAAAUCAUCAGAAAUGUUGUGUGUCUUUUGCUUGUCUUCCCAUGGUGUUAGAAGCCCAAGUCCACGACUGCCCUUUGAGUUACUGUGUGCAUUAUUGUACUUACGCCUCUCUGUGUUCUGUGGCACUAAUUUUAUUCUGCGAUGUUGGCACCCUUAACACUUGAGCAUGGUGGGUGGGAUCUUUUGAGGUUAUUUGGGUGUCCUGCAUUAGAAAGCUCCUCAAAAAAAUACUCCUGCUUCCUAAGGUUUUAUGAGAUGUUUCAGCUCACCCCGUGUAUUUGUGCACUUAAGAGCCAUAGGUGACAAGCAAAUAAGAUGCAUGCAAGCACAUGAAAUUCCAGACAGCCGCAUGAGCAGAUUGUCAGAAAUGGGCUGUUUCUCCAUUGCUUCCAGGCGCAGAAGCUUGGGUGAGCUGUCACAGAAGGUGUGCACCUAUCACAGAAGGUAACAGUGCUGAAAAGGGGGCUUAUUUCCAAAGAAGGGUCCCGAUCCUAGAUAGUGCGUGCAUAUGCCAUUCAUAUUUCCACCCCAGAAGUAUUUUUUUUAGCAUGCAAUGAAUAUUCUAUUUUGGCUGUGCUGCACGUUUAAGAUCUAACUUUUCAGUCCUUGCUGAAAGGUGCUCAGUGAUGCU